AUGGCUUCCCUUGCACUUAUCUGUCUUCUUGCAGUAGCUGCAGCAAUAGCUGCAGCAAUAGCAGAAUCAGCUGUGGCUCCUGGUACAAAGCCAAACAUCAUUCUGCUCUUUAAUGAUGAUCAGGAUAUCACACUUGGUGGCACUACUCCUAUGGCUUUCACUGAAAAGCUGAUGUCCACUGGAGCUACUGUGGACAACUUCUUUGUCAAUACUCCUGUUUGCUGUCCAUCCCGCACCACAUUGCUAAGUGGAGGCUAUCCACACAAUUGGCAUACAACCACAGGAGGGUGCAUGCACAUGAAUGUUAUGAAUGAUCAAUUUAGGCAAAGGACUAUUGGCAUAUACAUGAAGGCCCUUGGUUACACUACAGGUCAAUUUGGAAAGCUACUCAAUCCCAAUGGAGUAGCAGCAUAUUGUGCCAAAACCAACGCUGUACCUGUUCCUGGCUUUGAUUCUUAUCUGACCAUGUGCAAUGAUAACAGAUACUUCGGUAACACUUUUACUUCUAAUGGAACAUUUGUGGAAAAAGGAAAAGACCCAGAGGAUUACCUUACAUCAGUUAUUGGUAAUCACAGUCUUGAUUUCAUUGAGGCAUCACUCCAAGCUGGUAGACCUUUCUUUGCUUAUAUAUCACCUCAUGCUCCUCAUGUGCCCGCUACACCAGCUCCAUGGUAUGCUGAUAAGUUUAGCGAUAAGCAAGCACCAAGAACUCCAAAUUAUAAUUAUUCAGCAGCUGAUCAUCACUACGUUAUCAGAUCACAGCCGAUCCUAACAUCUAAGGAAGGAAAUGAGAGUGAUGCACUAUUCAGAGAUCGUUGGCGUUCGCUUCUCUCAGUGGAUGACAUUACAAAAGAUGUUGUUUCGUUACUAGAGAAAUAUGAUCAAGUUGAUAAUACAUAUAUACUCUGGACUAGUGAUCAUGGCUUUCAACUAGGUCAGUUUAGACUACCAAGCUGCAAACUCCAGCCUUAUGAUCACGAUAUUCGAGUUCCUUUUCGCAUAAAAGGGCCAGGUCUUAAACAAGGCAGUCACUCAUUUGUAGCAAGUAUGGUAGAUGUAGCACCAACCAUAAUAGAGCUGGGAGGAGGUACAGUUCCUGAGGAAAUGGAUGGACACUCAUUUGCAAGUCUAUUGAUGUCUGAUUCAUCUGCUCCUAAAGAUGAAACAAGAGAUAGAAUGACAAUUGAGUACUGGACACUUGGAAAUGUCAUUCGCUACGGCCAUUACAUUGAUAUGCCUAACAACACUUAUAUUGGUAUAAGACUAGUCAAUGAUACUCAUAAUUAUCUCUACGUUGAGUACUAUCAAGAUGUGAAAGAGAUGAAAUUCACUGACAAAGGGUUUGAGUUUGAAUUAUUUGACGUAAGCAAAGAUCCUUAUCAGAUGAAGAACCUUUACGGUACACCAGAAGCUGACGACCAGUUAGUAACUGAACUACACGAGUACUUACACAAGCAAGUGGUUUGCAAAGGACAGGAAGAAUGCAAGCUAUAA